UGAAUGAAUGAAAGGCUAUAAACUCUUGAGCUUGCAUCACUCAUCCAAUUCUGCUCCUUAAUCCUCUCUCUCUCUCUCACUCAAUUUCUCUGUUUCUCUCUCUAAGUUAUCGGCUAACACAAAGCAAGGAAGCAGCCGUCCUUAAAGCGCAGUAGGGAAGUUACCAGCACAAAGAAUGGAAGGAGGAGCUGCUGCUGCCGUUGAAGUUCUAGUUCAAAACCUCAUCGACCUUUCCAAGAAAGAGAUCUCUCAAAUCCGAGGUCUCGACAAAGAUGCAGCAAAGCUAGCUGGGAGUCUCGACGUGAUCAAAAAUUUCUUGAAGGAUGCCGAGACGCGUGACAUCACCAGUGAUGCUGUCAAGAGCUGGCUGAAGAAGCUUGAAAACGAGGCGUUCGCUGCUGACAAUGUUUUGGAUGAACUCAACUAUCAUAUUCUCUCCAAAAAAAUCAAGCCCGCCGAACCCAUGAAGGCGAAGGUACUAUCAUGCUUCUCAUCAUCCUUCAAUUCUAUUGCGCGUCGGAGAAAAAUGGCUGUUAGAAUCCAAGAAAUCAAUAAGAAUUUGGAGUCUAUUAAGAAAGAGGCCACUGAGCUUGGCCUCCUAGCGAAGCUUGAAAAUGAGCCCACCUUGGUUAAUACUUCUAUUUUUGAAACUGAUUCAUUCACUCUCGAUCCAAUUUUUAUUGGAAGAGAAGAUGAUACGUCGAAAAUAGUUGAGAUGCUUAUAAAUGGCAUCACAACUGAUGAACGUGCAGUUUCCAUCCUUCCAAUUGUGGGGAUGGGGGGAUUGGGGAAGACGACAUUGACUAGGAAAGUCUUCAAUCGUCUUAAGUAUGAGAGUCGGUUUGGAUCGCAUUUGUGGGUGCAUGUUUCCCCAAAUUUUGAUGCAAUAACUCUUUUCAAGAAAAUUCUCAAUAACUUGACAUCUUGUCAAGUUGAAAUUGCGAGCAGGGAAGAUAUUCUUGCAAAGCUUAAAGAAGCUUUGAAAGAUAAAACUUAUCUUCUUGUGCUUGAUGAUGUAUGGAACCAAGAUGGUUUGAAAUGGGAAGAUUUUAUGAAUUCUUUUUUGGGAGUUAGUUGUGUCAAGGGAAAUGCCAUCGUUGUUACUACCAGAAAUAUGGAGGUGGCUUCAAUUGUGAAUACACUUCAUAUACAUGAGUUGAAAGGCUUAUCGGAAGAAGAGUGUUGGUCGAUAAUCAGAGCAAAAGCCUUCGGAAAAAAAGAUGUUCCUUCAGAAUUUGAGGCCAUUGGGAGAAAGAUAGCAAGAAGGUGUCAAGGUUUGCCAUUAGCUGCCAACAUAGUUGGGGGAGUGCUACGCAAUAAAUCCGAGGAGAAAUGGCGUUCAGUCGAGGAGAAAUGGCUUUCAGCCAAUGAAGGAGGAGAUAAUAUCACAAAUAUAUUGAGACUGAGCUUUGAUAAUUUGUCUUUGCCAUCACUUAAGAAGUGCUUCGCAUACUGUGCGAUGUUUCCUAAAGGCUCCAAAAUCAUGAAAAGGGAACUGAUUGAGAUGCGGAUGGCAGAAGGUUUUCUUCAAGCUGAUGAAAGGGAUGAGAUGGAGUCCGUGGGUGAAAAAUUUAUCAACGUUCUUCUCCACAACUCUUUACUGCAAGUUUCAAAGAGAGAUGAUGACGGAAAUGUUAAAAAGUGUCGUAUGCAUGAUCUUGUGCACGAUCUCGCUUGUUCUGUUUCAAGCUCCUCUAACAGUACAGGUGGUAGCAGCCGAGUUCGAUACAUGACUCUCGAAGAAGAUGAAUCAAGUCGUAUGCCAAAAGAAAUGGCAAAGUCCUUGCGUACAUUACUAAUAACAUCCAAAGGUGAUAUUUCUGAUAUCAACUUCUCAGACUUGGAAAGUUUGCAUGUUUUACAUCUUCACUCUAAAGUUAUAAAGUUGCCAAGUUCGGUUCGGAAGUUGAUACAUUUGAGAGAUUUUGACAUUUCAAAGACAAGAAUUAGAUAUUUGCCGGAUUGGAUUGGUGAAUUCUUUCACUUGCAGACGUUGAGAGUAGACACAGGAUGUUUGGAGAAACUGCCAAGUACGAUUAAGUACUUGAUUAACUUGAGGCAUCUUUAUAUUGACAGUGAUGCAGAGUUGCCUAUGGGAAUUGGGAGAUUAACUUGUCUCCAAACGCUAACCCACUUUCCAGUGGGCGACAAGAAUGGCUGCAAAAUUGAAGAGCUCGGAAGUUUGAUUAAUCUUAAAGGAGAGUUAGAGAUUCGGAAUCUGGAAAGGGUUCAUGACAAGGAAGAGGCUGGGAAAGCGAAUUUAUUCGAAAAGUCAAAAAUAUUGAAGUUGUGUUUGACAUGGAAUUAUAGAGGCAGAAGAGAAGGUGAAAGAAAUGAUGAGGAUGUAUUGGAAGGCCUUCAACCUCACUCACAUCUGAGGGAGUUAAAGAUCCGGGGAUUCAAUGGCAGUAGGUUUCCAUUAUGGACUCAGACGAUGUCAGUUCGAGAUGCUCCUCAAGGCUCUUGGGUGGUACUUAACAAGUUAAUGUCGUUAGAACUCUGGGACUGCGAUGAAUGUGAAGAGAUCCCAAUGUUGGGGCACUUGCCCAAUCUCAAGUCCCUUGAGUUGUAUCGAUUGGAGAAUGUGAAGUGUAUAAAUUCUUCAUUCUACGGAAUGGUGAACAAGGGCAUACGCAUUGUUUUUCCAGCUCUCGAGAGGUUCUACUUGUUUUCAAUGCCUAAGCUGGCAGAGUGGGCAGAAAUAGAAAUUUCGGAUGGAAGUGAAGUGAAGCUAUUUCCUCGCCUCCAACAUUUGGAAAUUUACAGGUGUGAGCAAUUGAUGAGUGUUCCAAGUCAUGUCUCGUCAUGCCUUGAAGAAUUGAGGAUUUGGGGGAUCGGUGUGGAAUGUCUGCCAGCUGAUUGGUUAUUGAGUAACAGCGAGACUCUAUUGGAGUUGGAAAUAAGAGAGUGCCCGAAUUUGAGAGAAAUAUCAGAUAGGUGGGGAGAAGAAGAAUCAGAAGGAAGAAGCUUCACAAUCACAUCCCUCCCUAUAUUCCCUCGACUCACACAUUUGUAUAUUGGAGACGUUCCUAAGUUGAGUUUGGAGACUGUGGAUGCAAUGCGGCGCCUCCAAAUUCAUGGAAUCAAAUACAUUGGGCCGUGACGUUUGAUUCUUAGGAAAGUGAAGAGGUCUAGUGAAGAAGGAAUAAGAAUAGGGGAGCUUUUGAAGAGCUUGGAGGCGAGGCAGCCUCAACUAGAGGCGCCAACGAGCUUGCUCGUGGGGACGAACGACGACAGUGUAGUUGUUGACUGUGAACGACGACGACGAGAAGGAUGAUGACAAAAAUUCAGACAACAAUGUUGAAGAUGAAGAUAGUGAAACAGAGGAUUCAACAACUGUGGAAGUUGAACUCAAUCCCAAAAACAAGGGAAAAGGAAUGUAUGAGAAGAAAAACUCAAAACUUCUGAAUGUCAAUACUCAGUUCAACUCGAUUUGAUCACGCCGUUUAAUUAAAAUUCGAGCAUGGUUCUAUAAUGAAUGAAUUAAAUUUGAGCAUGUCAA